AUGGAGACCUGUAAAAUUUGUGGAAAGAAAAAACGGAAGGAUGUCCGGUUACCCUGCGAAACGUUUCCGGAACUGGACAUUGCAUCCUUUGAAAAUGAUGAAGAAAUAUCACGCUUUCUGUAUCGAUUGACGCAAGAAAUUAUCGAUUCGAAGGACUUUUCCGACAACAACAUAAAUCGUCUAUGUGCAAUUCAUUUAAACAGAGCGAAAUAUCCCAACAAAAAGCGGCUACAUGAUGUGAUCGAUGAUUUAAAGGUUAAAUUGAAUGUGAACCCAGAAACUGAGCCCAAUAGUGUUCAUCUUGAGCACACAAAGCAAACGCUUACUGAAAAAAAAUUAAGUAAGAGUAAAAAAUACGACAAACAGGACAAACAGUUAAGUGCUCAAUCGUUUAUCAAUGUCCCAGAAAUACUGCUAAAAGAGAAAAGAAGUUCGAUCAGUACAAUCACCUCAUACGAAUUCACAUCAUUGGAAGCUUCUGAACCUCUUCAUCAAUCCGAGGCAUUAGCAACGGAGGAACGAAUCGAUAAUGCAGAAGCAUCCACAAUGAUGCAACAAAUUUUCCUCAAACAUAGCCCUCCUAAGCAUCGUGAAGAGAGUUCCAAGGAUAGUUCCUUUGACGCGCUCACAAAAAUUGUUGCAACCAGCCGGAACAAAUAA